AUGGCUAUCACCCUCGCGGAAAAGCUGCUUGAAGAUCCCUUAUUUGCAGGUGAAGAUGCCAUACUUGCCUCCUUCUUCUGCGACUCGAGUUCUGAAAACCACAGGACUGCCACGGCUGUAUUGCGUGGCUUGCUCUACCAAACAAUCAAGAAACGUCCGUCAUCACUGGGACCCCUUGUAUCAAAGUACCGCGGUCACAAGGAUAAGCUAUUCUCCUCCUUUGAUGCUUUGUGGUCAGUCUUGAUGGAAAUUGGGAAUAGCAGCGAUUCGAAACUGUACUGUAUCAUUGAUGCCUUGGAUGAAUGCGACGAUGAAGUGCUGGAAUCUCUGCUGCCACAGCUGAACCGAAGCUUUCAAUCCGGUGAUUCCCGCAACAAUCAUUACGGAAUUCACAUCUUGAUAACAAGCCGUCCGUAUGAAGAAAUCAGAGUACAUUUGGCUGAGUUUCCGAAUCAAAAUCUUGCUUCAUAUUCUCAGAUCCGCAACGAUCUUGCAAUUUUCAUCGAGCAGAAGGUCGAAGAAUUGAGUGUGAAGAAGCAAUACUCUGCUAAUAUUCGCCGCAAUGUUGCAGCAAUAUUGAAUGAUAAGGCCGAGGGAACGUUCCUAUGGGCUGGUUUGGCAUGUGGUGAAUUAGUCAGAGUUCGAUCGAGGGACGCAGUUGCGACACUAGAAAAAUUACCGAGUGGCCUUAGUUCAAUGUACAAGAGGAUGCUCGACAUGGCUGUUGAAGAUUGCCAGGAGGACAAAAGCACGAUCAUCCAGUUAUUGACCGUCAUUGUGGUUGCCCGUCGUCCAUUGACUCUGUUAGACGUAGCGGAAGCUUGCAAUCUCUAUGAAGCAGAUGACCCGGAGGACCGAGUAGCGUAUGUCCGUGAGGAUGUCUUCGAUUGUCGCCUACUGGUCGUAAUUCACGAUGACAGGGUGAUGCUGCUCCACAAAUCCGUCAAGGACUUCUUAACUCGUUAUCAAAAUGUCCAUAUCAUCAAUGAGCAGCUAGCUCACGCGGAGUUCGUUAGCCGUUGCAUUGACGUCCUGAUGCAGGGUUUGGGUGAAGAAAGACCGGUACUAUCUUCAAUUCUGGGCAAUGCUAUUGGCGACCGUUCCUUUCUGCUUUAUUGUGUGGAAUUCUGGCCUGAGCAUGCUCAUUUGGCAGGAUCCGAAUUCAAAAUCGCGGAACGCCACGAUGCCUUUUUCGAACUAGACUCCUCAGCACGAGAGACAUGGUUAGACCUUCUUCGCCAAUUCAAUCUGUCCGUCGGUUAUGUUCCAUUCAAGUUCUCUAUUUUUCACAUUGCGGCGAGAUGGGGCAUUCCUGCCCUCAUUUCCCAUGCACUAUCCAGGCGGAGUCGUCUGUGCGAGCCAGGGAACGCAGAAGCGGAAAACUUCCAUCUGCUGCGGGAUCAUCUUAUUAAUUCACGUUGUUCGAAAGGAACCACCCCGCUCGAAGAGAGUGCUAUCCGGGGCCAUUCCGACGUAUUCGGCCUUCUGCUGGAUUUGACAGAUGGUCUAACACCGCUGCCCGAUGAAGCUAUCGCCGCGGCAAUUCAGAAUCCGCGCAGAGGGGCGGGCCUCGUCAAGCUUCUCAUUGAUAGAGGAAGACUGCAGGCUAUCCCAGAGAGGCGUUUGAUGCUAGCUUCUACCGAAACGUGGGAUUUGCUGCUGGAUUACUUUGGCCUCGAAUUUCCUGUUUCUGAACAAAUGCUUCUACAAAUUUGCUGUAGUGAAAAUGGCGCCGAUAUAUUGAGGGCAUUGUCAAGAAAUCUGCAAGGUCGAUUACCAAUCACCAAGGGAGUUCUUACAGACGCCGCCUUGAACCGCGACGCAAGGUUCGCGGAGUUUCUGCUGGAUGACGUCGGAAAAACGAUCCCAAUCAGUGCAGACUUCACCUAUUACGCUUUGCUCAAUAGGAAGCAUGGGCCAGGUAUAAUUGACCUUGUGCUGGCUCUUUGGCAGAGGGGCUCGCUAGUCUUGGAGUGCCCGCAAGAAGACCCUAUCCUGCUACUCAUACAGCAGCUGCAGAGCCACACUGUUAUCCCAGAGCAGGUAGCAUGUGUCUUGCGCGUGAUUCAGAACAGGGGGUUCAAACUUUCGCCCUCGAUGGCCCUCGUAAGACUGGUGGCAAAAACCGGAGACGACAAUCUUUACAAGGAAGUUCUGCGGAAUCGGGAGGCGGUGGCCUUUAUAAAUGAGAGAAUCUUGGUCUGCAUGGUAGAGCGAAUGACUGCAGAGAUGUUUGACUUCUCCCUGGACACCCUGGGCGGUGAGCUUCCCAUCAGCGCUCACGUCGUUGAGGCUGCGGCUGCGAAUUUUGAACAUGGAGACCAGAUGAUGCAAAAACUGUUCAAGAUCUCAGGGGGUAACCUUCCUGUCUCCGCCUUGACUUUUAGCCGUGCAGCAGAAAUAGUACAAACGCAGCGGCAUGGCAGUCAAACGCUCACGUUUCUGCUCCAGCAUUCCAAAGACCGCGUUCCGGCCUCACCAAGUGUCAUUAGAUUUGCUGCUGCAUCGGGGAGAGAGGGAUACCCGAUCAUUGAAGCAAUACUCGAUUGCUUAGAAACCAAUGGUUUGACUGCAGAAGCCGACUUGAUUCCCACUGUCAUAUCCGAUGGCUGUGCAGAGUUAGUGUUGUUUAUACUGGAUCGAACUGGCAGCUCACUCCCAAUCACCGAGGAGACACUUGCUUUGGCCACCGGAAAUCAUUGGGAUGGCAUACGAAUGGUUAGACUCCUAGCACAGCGUGCUUGCGGGCGAUUGCCCUGGCACGAGGAAGCGUUCAGACGAUGUGAUGAAGUCAAUAUGCGUCCCAUCUUUACCGAAUGGUCGAAUGAAGGCGCCCUCACACAUGAGAUGAUCCACGCUGCAGCGAUCUACAUAGCCCAGAAGUCUAUUACACGGGAGACUCCUAAUAUGAAGAUUCUAACAAAUCUGCUAACUCUGUACGAUGACAUCUCGCUCAUUGACAAGGAGACGAUGCAACUCGCAGCGAAGACCAAUUCACCUGGGACCUUGAUCGAUUUAAUGAUUAGACACCGCCAGGAGGAUCUAAUUUUGACCGAGGAGGUUGUCGAAGUCGCGGCGUGGAAUUCAUGGGGGAGGGAUGAGGCCAUCACCUUCUUAUUGGAGCAGUACGGAGAGAUGACCCCUGUCUCAGAGCACGCACUCGUCUUUCUGUUGCUCAAUUUCUCGGACAGAAAUCGUACCGUGGCGCGCUUCCUCGAGGGCCGGCCGGAUGCAAUCUUGGGGUCGCCGACGAUUCUCAAAGCUGCCGCUGCAGGGCGUAAUCGGCAAAUCGUCAGAAGGAUCCUUGAGUCUUAUCCGUUCGAGAUCACGGAUGAGAUCUUUGAAGCAGCAGCAGGGGACUCUCCAGCUGCGAAAGAUAUCUUUUGCAUGCUUCUUGCCAAAAGCGGACAUCACAUUACGGAGAGAAUGAUUCAGAUUUCGCCGAAAAGAAGCGUUGAGAUCUAUUCAUUCCUUAUUGAUGAGACCAGAGAUAGAAUUCCAAUUAGCACCGGCACGCUUAUUGCCGCCUUGAAUGGUUCAUUGGAUGCGGUCAAAACGCUACUCAGAUAUCCCAUCGAUGUGAACCAGAUUACGGAAGAGUUUUUGGUAAUGGCAGGACAGCACUGGGCGCCUGAACAGCUGUUUCCUCUCCUCUUCGAACGAUUUGGUGACCAGAUAAAAAUCACCGAAAAGGUUGUUGCAGCCACGAUCGAAAGUUCUCAUAACAGUCUAUUCAUUGCACAGUUACUGAGCCGUCUCCAUAGCGCGACGCCUCUCACUGAGGCGGUGCUAGUAGCCGCGGCAAAAAGCAAACUGCAUAUGCCUGAGCUCGUCGAACUUUUCAAUCGCCUUCUGAGCAUGGUCGGAGAUGAUAAGGUCAUUACAGAAGCGACAUUUGUUGCCGCGGCCGGCAAUGGAUUAAAUGGUGCAUGGAUAAUGCAGCUGCUACUCAGUCGUAGGAGUGAUUUCCAGAUUACGGAAUCAGUGAGCAAGGCAGCAGUGUUCAGCGCCAUGUCAUCUGGUCCCUAUGUAAUGGAAGUGCUUCUGGAUCUGAAAGAAGACACAGUCCCUAUCACCGAGGGGGUUCUGCUGAUGGCCACUCGGAACCCCACUGAUAGGUACAAUAUCUUCAGAUUAUUGGUAAGAGAAAGAUUUAUCUCUGUUCGCGCUUGUAUCACCCAGAGACUUUUGCUCACUAUCGCGGCGAGCGGGGAUAUGAUGAUUCUGUCACUCUUGGAAAGAAGGUUUGAAAUCCCAAUCACAAAUGAACGGCGCUCGAUCUGUCGGCUGUAUAUUGGCGCCCGUGAUGGCAACAGGCGGGCGGUACAGUCCCUUCUUCGUCAAGGGGUGCCGCCAGAUACACGAAGCGCCAGAGGAGAGACUCCUCUUUGGAUGGCAACAGCCGGUCAGCACGAUUUGAUAGUCAAAGACCUCUUGGCAACAAAAGCGGUAGACGUUGACGCUGUUUCAAUGACCGGAGACUCGCCACUUAUCAGAGCAGUGGAAAGUUACAAUGUCCCCAUUGUACGCCUUUUACUGGCUGCAGGUGCGAAUCCGAACCUGGCCAAGUACGGAAAGACAGCCUAUGCGUUAGCAAAGGAGCGGUCCUACUUGCGUAUGAUGGCUAUCAUGAGAGAAUAUGGGGUUAAAUGA